AUGUUUAACGGACCAGUUAUCGAAACAUUCAAAAAGGCAUUAGCUGAGCAUUUAUUUGAAUUUAAAAGAACAUUUGAAAAAGAUGAAGUCAAAGAAUAUCAAUAUUCAAAACUUCCUUGUUAUAUUACAAAUGGGUUAUCAUACAGUAAUAAAAAGCAUUUCACAGUACUUUGUACAAGAGAUUUGAGUUAUGAUGAGAUUGCUUUCGAACUUGGUGAAGAACCUUACCAUUGGGCGGCUGUUGAAGCGGUAAGAGCUUCACCAUCAGGAUACAAUGGUGAUGAAAUCCAUAUCUUUGUACAAAAUAGACUUCAUUAUGAACAAUUAAGAAAUUUGGUUGUUGAAUCAGAAAGAAAUUUAAAAGAUCUUAAUGAUGAUUCAGUUUGUGGUCAAUGUGAAGGUGCUGAACAAGAUUUAUUGAAAACCAAUAUUGAAAAACUUCUAUCAAAUGCUUUUAUUUUUGGGAAACCAACUAAUUUAGAUCUUAAUCAAGCAAAUAUGUGGAAUAAUACAUCUAAAUGGAGUUCAAAUACUUCUACACUUGGUUGUUCAUUAAUCAAAUUACCAAAAAAUCAAAGUUAUCCAGAUGGUUAUAUUUUAGUAUUAAAAAAUAUCAAUUAUGAUAUGGAAGAAGUAAGGCAAGCUUUAAAACUAUACCAAAGAGACGAAAAAGAUAGAAUCGCAAGAGGCACUGAAAUCAAUAGACCAAAUCUUAAUUAUUAUUCUUCAGAUAUAGCUUAUUUAAAAUAUCUUGAUGUUAAUCAAAAACAUAUGGUUUCAACUAUCUCAAAUGAUGUUAAAUCUCUAGAACAACCUGAUACGCAUUAUAUUGUCAACGAUAGAGAAUCAUCAGUUGUUAGAACUUCCAUAUUGGCAUUUAAAGAUAGAUUGAGACAUCUUCAAGCUUCAAAUCCACAACAUCAACAUAGAUCAUGGUUUACAGGUGCUUAUCAUAUUGAUGGUAGAUUCAAUGGAUCAAACUAUGAAGCCUUUUCAACUAAAAAAAUCACUAAACGUGAAUUGAAGUCAUUAGUUAGAGAAAAUCAUCAAAAUUGGGGCUAUGAAAUUAAUUGUAUUGUUCCUACUUUUAAGAAGAUUUUACAUCAGAAACUUGAAUCAUAUGGGAGUCAUCGUUGGCCUGUUACUAUUAUUUCAGAACCUAAUAUCAAGAUAGAUACCAUAAAGAAUUCACUUAAUAAUAUCAAAGGUAUUAAAGAUUAUGGAUAUUGUGAAAAAUGUUUAAAUAAAAUUGAAGGUGAAGAUUCAAAAAUUCCAAAACUUGUACAAACUCAUUUUGCUAUUGGUUGUCAUCAUGCUAAUGAAAAUUUUAUAUAUUUAAACCAUGCACAUGAAGGUGCUAGUGGAUAUUCAGAAAUUGAUGGUUAUUUAUGGAAUAGAAAAGAUUAUCUUUCUAAAUUACAAAAUGAAGAUGAAUUUGAAACUCAAAGUGAAUUUGUUGAAUCUAAAAAACUUUUAACCGUAUUGGAAAUUCCAAAUUCAUCAACAUCUGAAUCAAAUUCUGAUGAUGAAACUGAUAAAGAUUUAAUUCUUAUUAUUAGGGAUGUAUCAUUGAGUGAAACAAAUGUCUUACAAGGACUUUUAGAACAAUCAUCAUCAUCAUGGAAUCGUUCUGAAUGCUUUUUAGUUCCAAAUAAUGUGAUUUCUGAUAAUAGAUUAGAUAGAUCAUCGCAACUACUUAGUGGUAAUUCUAAUGCAAAAUCCCAACCUCAGACUCAUAAUUUAAAGCUUCAAAUAACUUGA